AACUGGGAAAGGUUCAAGUGGGUGGUGGUAGAGAGAGGGGACGACUCUCACUACCCCAAGAAUGAAACUCGCAGUGACAGAAAUACACACCCCACGCUCCACUCAACAGUUCCCAGAUCAUCUCAACACCCACCACCACCACCUCCGCCACUCCUCCUCCUUCCACCAUGGGCAACUGCGGCAGCACUGAGGAUAACCCUGUCGUUUCUCACGCUCAAGUUCAGCAGCUCCACAUCCUCUCUUCCUUGUCUGUCAAAGAUGCUGCUCCCAAUUGUGGAAAGAAGCACAGCCGCUCUGUCUCAGAUCUGAGCGAUCAUCACUCCACUCCCCGCAACCUUGACGACUCCGGCAAGAACUCACUCCUCUACACCCAUGUCAUUGCUUUCACAUUGUUCGAGCUCGAGACUAUCACCAAGAGUUUUCGCUCUGAUUACAUUCUCGGUGAGGGAGGAUUUGGCACUGUGUACAAGGGUUACAUUGAUGAGAAUGUUAGGGUUGGGCUCAAGUCCCUCCCCGUUGCUGUCAAGGUUUUGAACAAGGAGGGAUUUCAGGGUCAUAGAGAAUGGCUUACGGAGGUGAACUUUUUAGGGCAGCUGAGGCAUCCCAAUCUGGUGAAGUUGAUAGGGUAUUGUUGCGAGGACGAUCACCGGUUGCUUGUGUACGAGUUUAUGUUCCGAGGAAGCCUCGAAAAUCACUUGUUUCGAAAAGCGACUGUCCCAUUAUCUUGGGCAACUAGGAUGAUGAUUGCUCUGGGUGCUGCGAAAGGGCUUGCUUUCCUCCAUAAUGCUGAAAGGCCUGUAAUCUAUCGGGACUUCAAAACGUCUAAUAUAUUAUUAGACUCUGAUUAUACAGCCAAGCUUUCUGACUUUGGGCUUGCAAAAGCUGGACCACAAGGUGAUGAGACCCAUGUAUCAACUCGUGUAAUGGGUACCUAUGGUUACGCUGCACCCGAAUAUGUAAUGACUGGCCACCUGACUGCCAGGAGCGAUGUGUACAGCUUUGGAGUUGUUCUUCUAGAGUUGUUGACGGGAAGGAAGUCAGUUGACAAGACCCGACCUAGCAAGGAGCAGAGCUUGGUUGAUUGGGCCCGGCCUAAACUGAAUGACAAGCGAAAGUUGCUUCAAAUAAUAGACCCUAGAUUGGAGAAUCAGUAUUCUGUAAGGGCAGCACAGAAAGCAUGCAGUUUGGCAUACUAUUGCCUGAGCCAGAACCCUAAAGCAAGGCCCUUAAUGAGUGAUGUAGUGGAAACUUUGGAGCCAUUACAAGAUAGUAGUGGUGGCACAAGUGAAGUUUCGUCAUCUACUAAGAACCUGUCAGUUGGUAGUGGUGGUCCUUUUGCCAAGGCAGGAAUGUCUGAUUACCGAAUGCAACACAGAUUUGCCAACAAAGUUGGGGCUGGUGCUGUUUGUCGGUCUCCAAACCCCAAUUGUUCCCCAGGUGGCCCUGCUGCAUGCAGGGUUAGAUGAGAAACACCACCUAUUUGUAUACUUGUUUGGUGUGUCUUUCCUUCCUCUUCCCUUUGAAAAAUGACAAAAUUUUCCUUGUUAAAACAUGUGGGUAAAUUCGCUUCUUUGUGCUUCAUGUAUAUGGUAUCAUGGUGACCCCAUGCCCCUUUUGUUUAAUGAUGUCCUGGCAUCAUGCUGGUUUCAAUGUACUGAUGUUCAUUUUCCAUUUGAAUUUAUCAUGUAAAAAUGCUAAUCUUCUAUAGAA